AUGCUGACCAACUCUCUCACGGGCCUGCUGGCCCUCGCGGCCGUGGCGGCUGCCAAACACCCGUCGCCUUGCAAGCCCAACGGCUCGGAGGCUGUCAAGAACAUGAAGGAGCACAUCAAGGCCGUGGUGCUGCUGGUGCUCGAGAACCGCUCGUUCGACAACAUCCUGGGCGGCCAGACGCUGCGCGGCCUCGACAACCCGUACCACAACGGCCCCUACUGCAACCCGCUCAACCUGACCAACCCGGCGCUGGGCCAGGCCUGCACCACGGCCCGCGACUACGACUCCAUUGCCGACGACCCGGACCACGCCGUCUACGGCAACAACAUUGAGUUCUACGGCACCUUCAACCCCAGCAACGACGACAUUGCGUCGGGCAAGCUGGUCCCCAAGCAGAACGGCUUUGUGCACGAGCAGCUGCGCCUGUACGACGCCAAGGUCAACAGCACCACGCUGUCGGAGCAGGUCAUGAACUACUACACCGAGGCGCAGGUCCCGACGCUCACGGCCCUGGUGCAGAACUUUGUCACCUUCAACUACUGGCACUCGGCCAUUCCCGGUCCCACCGAUCCCAACCGUCUGGCCCUCGUGGCGGGCAGCUCUUUUGGCCACGGCAAGAACGACGCGCAGUUCAAGGCCAAGGGCUUCAACGAGCGGUCCAUCUUCCAGUCGCUGACCGAGAACGGCUACGACUGGCGCAACUACCACGACCCGGCGGGCGGCACCGGCCCCGAGGCCUCGUGGUUCCAGUGGACCUACGACGCCGGCCUCGACAAGAACGUCGUCAACCUCGACCGCUUCUACGUCGACGCCGCCGCCGGCAACCUCACCAGCUUUAGCAUCCUCAACCCGUCCUGCUGCGGCGUCGACACCACCUCCAUGCACCCCACGGGCCUCGUGUCGCUGGGCGAGGGCCUCAUCAAGGACGUCUACGACGCCCUCCGCGCCGGCCCCCAGUGGGAGGAGACCCUCUUCAUCAUCACCUACGACGAGACCGGCGGCUUCCACGACCACGUCGCGCCGCCCCUCGCCCCCAAGCCCGACAGCCUCGCCUACACCGCCACCACGCCCUCCGGCCAGGACUACACCUUUGACUUUGACCGCCUCGGCGGCCGCAUGCCCACCUUUUUGAUCUCGCCCUGGGUCAAGAAGGCCCACGUCGAGGGCCUCGGCAAGAACGCCGCCGGCGAGACCGUCUCCUACUCGGCCACCUCCAUCCUGCGCACCCUCGGCUACCUCUUUGACUUUGAGCCCUACAACCCCCGCGUCGAGUGGUCGCCGUCCUUUGAGGGCCUCAUCACCAAGAAGGCGCGCACCACCAUUGAGGAGCUCCCCGAGGGCAACCCCUUCCGCGUCAAGGCCAAGCGCUUCCGCAAGUAA